ACCAGGUUUGCCUCUAAAUCCGUAUCCAACAAAACAAAACAAUUGGCAAAUUGCACCAUGCCCAGCAGCAAAGCUGCUAGACGCCGCUUAUCUAGUGGGGAGUCCCGGGGACUGGGGACCACCACGAGUCGCCGUUUCUCAAUGUUCCAUUAUCAUCCGGGACGUCAACUAUCGUGUAUAAGAUGGCAUCAAGGAUCAAGGUGGACCCGAUCGAGCUUUUUCAAUCCCCCAAAAAGGACACAGCCCCCGGCGACAAGCAAGAGGAAUAGAAGCUCGUUUGGAGCGGAUUGAUGAGCCAGCACCGGACGACCUGUUUCCUCCCACAUCGACACGCUCGAAGCGGAACUCCGCAACCUGCAGCAAACCUUAAAAUAAUCAGAACAACGCGAUCGUUCCCAGUAAGAUCAGCUGGCGGAAGCCGACGUCCAGCAGCAACAGUUCAUCAACUGUAACGAGGCCCUCCUUGCCGGUAUGAACGUCCUCCAGGACAAGAUCGCCUCGCUCGAUCGACGCUUCAAGUCCAAGAACGUCGGCCUGACCGACAAACUCGAUCAGAUCGCCGACUUGCUGAAGAAGCUGUCGGCGGAGCAGUAUAAAUUGAGGUUGGAGAAGAGUUCGCUUGAGGAUACCGUUGAAGAGCUGCGGCGGGAGUUGGAAGCUGCUAAGCAGCGGACGGAGUCACUUGAGGUGAGCGAGAGUAUGCUGAAUGAGGUUAUGCGAUCGGAGAAGAUCGCGUUCGAGGAGGAGCUGAGCGACGCUGCGAACCGGUUGAAGUUUGAGAGCAAGGUCGUUGAGGUAAGCUGAGGGAGGAUUAGGAAGCUGCAGGAGUGGAGACGAUAAGCCUGAAGGAACAGCUUGACAGUACGAUCAAGGAGAUCAACGUGAAGGAAGCUGGGCUAUCGCUGCUCGAGUCGCAACUUGCGGAGAAGGCUGAACAGCUGCGUUGAAUGUUGGAGGAAGGGGUUAGGUGUUGGAGAGGAUGCUUGGGGCGAUGAUCGAGGAGAAGCUGGCGGUCGGCGGAAGGUUCGACAGCUGGAGGAGACUAAAAGGAGGGUGCGCUGUCGGAGAAGAGAGCGAUCCAGGGUAAGGUCGUCGAGUUGGCCAAGUCCGUGGAACAACUGCAGUCGGAGAAGAGUACGCUGGAAGAAAGAACUCGACCGGAUCAAGACGUUCUAGCAGCAACUCGAGGAGAAGGUGACCGACUUUGAACAGGUCGUGUCCGAAUAGGACGAAGUCGAUACCCAACUGGUCAAUGUGCAGAACAAGCUGGAACUGUUGGGCGAAGAACGAUCCAAACUCGAGAAGAUCGCCGAAGAAAAGGCGAGGACUACGACACGCUGAACGAAGACUUCAUGAGCGAGCGGGACGCUGAGGAGACGCUGUUCGACGAGAAGCAAGCCGUCAAGUCGCAGCUGACGGCCAAAGAGAAGCAGCUGGACAUCGUUGGCAAUUAAAACCUAAAAAUGCACAACUCGAGUCGAUCCGCGAAUGUCUUCGCAUAACGGCCGCAAACGCAGCGGCUGUGACCAGAACCUACGAAGGACAUUUGGCCCUAUUACAUUCAAAUCCGUAAAGCCUGUCAGCGAACCACAACAUCCACCAGAUUGCGGACAUUUGCGAGUGGAAGGACCUGCUGAAGAACACCAACUGUGACGGGGUCGGAUAAACUGUGAAAAACCGCAAUUCGAGCGCAUGUGAAUUAGUUAUGUUGUUGUGAAUUUAUAACUUUUUUUAAUAAAAACUUCAAAAAUUGUAGUUUAAUUUAAAUUUACUAAGGAAAAUUAACAUGUCUCUAAUCUCCAAUAGGUGGCAGCACCAUAUUCCCGCUAUUCGAAAGCUUCCCAUUUUUGCCACCAGGUGGCUACCACCAAUCCAAAAGUUACACAUUGGAUGCGUUUUUGGCCAGAAUCCAGCCAAUGUGUUCCGGGCUGUUUACACGGCGCGAUGGUUGAAGCGUGGUCUUGUACGAAAAUGGUUGGAUUCAACGCUUUUUGGUGUAAUUCUGAUCUUCA